CACCGGUAGCAACUCAGUCAAUCAAAAACAACCGAACGAAGCGUACAUCCAUUUCUCGUGCCCAAGAAGCCAAGUAGUGUUUCGAGUGUCGCCUGAACUCAAUUCCAGAACGGUUAUAGAUUGCCAAAAAGAGAUUCAUCGCGGCUGAUAAGAGAGCGCUGGAAGCGUGACUUUGCGGAUUGAUAACGGCCAACUGUUGGCCGUGAGAUCGAACUUCUAAUCGUGCAUGUGAUUGAACGCGUUUAUACCCGAUUUUUGCGUCAAAGGUGUGGAGCCCUGAAAAGGCGUUGAUAGAUGGACUGUGACUACAUUGUGAAUGGGAAAUCCACCAAGCAAACGCCCAGUGCCACCCGAAGUGUGAACAAACUGUUUUGGUGAUUGGUUUCAGUUGUGAAAUUCGUGUUGGGGAAAAAUAAUUGAUUGCAGUGCAGCUGUUAGUCUUCGAUGACGUUCGAAGAGUUUUGUGGAGGUCCUUUUUGGGACGCAAGUCUUACAUGGCGACCGGAGGACCCGGACCUGACCUUCUGCUUCCAGCGCAUCAUUCUACAAUGGGUGCCCUGUUUCUUCCUGUUUCUCUUCACAUUCUACGAGGUGUACGGUAUUGUAACCAGCAGAUACCGGGACAUCCCGUGGAAUUGGUUGAACAUCUCAAAAAUUGUCAUCACCUUCAUGCUGAUGACGCUCUCGUGGAUCGACCUCGGCAUGGUCGUUAAUUACCACAACCAGCAGGAUGUGUUCGACGUGCAGAUAUUGGUGGCCGUUUUCAACGCUGUGGCUUAUAUAACGACCAUCGCCCUAUACUACUUCUUCCGGAAGUACGGUAUCCGAAGCGCGGGAACGAUCUUCAUCUUCUGGUUCCUGAAAGCCUUCCUCGGCAUCAUCCAGAUGCGAACGGAAGCCAUGAAGCACGCCAACCGGGAGAACCCGAUCGGAUCCGGCGAAACGGUCAUCUUUGACGAGUACCAAUUCGUCAGUUACACGCUGCAGUACUCGCUGAUUUGUUUGAUAACGCUGAUGGAGAUCUUCCCAGAUCAAGCCCCACGCUACAGCGACUACCCCAAGCAGAAAAACCAAAGCCCCGAGUUGCGCUCCAGCUUCUUCAUCAAGCUGCUGUAUUUGUACUUCGAUCGGUUCACGUGGACCGGUUUCCGCAAGCCGCUGACCGACGACGACAUGUACGAUCUGAACCCGCAGGACAUGUCCCGGGAGCUGGUGCCGCCGUUCGAUAAGUACUGGUAUGAGAGUGUCGAAAGUGGUCGCCGGAAACAGAUGGCCACCGAUAAGAAGGCCGGCAAGGUGAACCCCGUCUACAAACCGAAUGCCGCCACGAAUGGAUCGAUUCUUCCGGCAAUGGUCAAGGCGUAUGGUGGGCCUUUUUGGUUCGCGGGGUUGCUCCAGAUCGGAAUCUCCGGUCUGCAGUUCGCUUCGCCCUAUCUUAUGCAGGAGCUGAUGGGUAACAUCGCCAUGAAUGGACCUUUCUGGAUCGGAAUGACUAUAACGUUUGCUCUGUUCUUGAACUCGCUGUUGAUCGCACUGUUCAACGGUCAGUACUUCCGCAAGACGUUCCUCGUCGGUUUUCGCAUUCGAACGGGUUUGAUCAGUGCCAUCUAUCGGAAAGCCCUCCGCAUAUCGAGCUUCGCUAAGAAGGACACCACCGUGGGAGAGAUCGUGAACCUUAUGGCAGUCGACGCGCAGCGGUUCUUCGAAUUGACGUCCUACCUGCACGUGCUGUGGUCAGCUCCCAUCAUUAUCGGAGUUUGCAUCUUUUUGCUGUACGAGAUCCUCGGUCCGGCGGUGUUCGCUGGACUCGGAGUGAUGGUCAUUAUGAUUCCGAUCACCGGAGUCAUCGCUACUCGGCUACGUGAUCUCCAGGUGAAACAGAUGAACAUCAAGGACGAGCGUGUGAAGAAAAUGAACGAAAUCUUGAGCGGCAUGAAGGUGUUGAAGCUUUACGCUUGGGAGCCCAGUUUCCAGGAUGACAUAGUAGGCGUCCGACACGGAGAAAUCGACAUUCUACGGACCAUGGCCUACUAUGGUGCGGCAACUUUCUUCGUAUGGAGUAUGGCACCGUUCCUGGUGACGCUGGCUUCAUUCGCAGUGUACGUCAUGAUCGAUGAGAAAAACGUACUCGAUCCGCAAACAGCCUUCGUUUCCCUAGCACUGUUCAACAUCCUACGCUUCCCGUUGGCUAUGUUCCCCAUGAUGAUCACGUUCGCCAUGCAGGCGUGGGUAUCGGUGCAGCGUAUCAACAAGUUCAUGAACAGUGAAGAAUUGGAUCCGACCAACGUAACGCACAACCGCAGCGAGGACGCCCUAUCGAUCAAGGACGGAACAUUCUCGUGGGGUGACGAGACGCCAACCUUGAAGAAUAUAAAUCUAGCAGUGAAGAAAGGCAAGCUGUCUGCGGUGGUCGGUAGUGUCGGCACGGGUAAGAGUUCUCUUAUAUCUGCGCUGCUUGGAGAAAUGGAGAAGAUCAAGGGAACAGUCAACACCGAUGGAUCGAUUGCCUUCGUUCCGCAGCAGGCCUGGAUUCAGAACGCCACUUUGCGAGAGAAUAUUCUAUUCGGGAAAGCGUAUAAUGCGCAGAAAUAUGAUCGUGUCCUGGAAUGCUGUGCGCUGAAACCGGAUUUGGAGAUGCUUCCAGGUGGAGAUACGACAGAGAUCGGUGAAAAGGGUAUCAACUUGUCCGGUGGACAGAAACAGCGAGUCGCCUUGGCUCGGGCCGUCUACGCAGAUGCAGAAAUCUACCUGUUCGACGAUCCGCUUAGCGCCGUAGAUGCUCACGUUGGCAAGCACAUCUUCGAAAAGGUUAUUGGACCUGAGGGUAUAUUGGUGGGACGAACGCGACUUCUGGUAACCCAUGGUAUUUCGUUCCUACCAAGUGUGGAAGAAAUUUUCGUGGUGAAGGACGGUGAAAUAUCGGAAAGCGGAUCUUACCAACAGUUACUUGAUCAGAAGGGCGCUUUUGCCGAAUUCCUCAUGCAGCACAUCCAAGAACUUGACGAAGAAGAUGAGGAAAUUCAGAUUAUUCAGGAGGUUCUGAAGGAUGAAGUCUCUAGGAACAUCGUAAAACGAGCAAUGUCAACUCGAUCUCAGAGGUCUUCCGGUAGUGGUGGAAGUGCUGGUAGUGUUCGCCGAAAAAGGAUGAGUCGACAGGAGUCUCGAAACAGCAACAAACCAGUGGAGGCUCCAGCAGCCCCUGCCAAGGGUACGACUUUGAUCGAAAAGGAAGAAUCUGCAACGGGUGCCGUCAGUUAUGCUGUGUAUCUGAAGUACUUCAAGGCGAUCGGAUGGAACAUGGCUUUCUGGGCAAUAGGUUUAAGUGUCGUUAAUCAAGCUUCUGCCAUCUACGGAAAUAUUUGGCUUACGGAUUGGUCCGAAGAUCCGGAGGCAGCUACUGACACCUCCGUAAGAGACAUGUACCUUGGAGUGUAUGGUGGUUUGGGCGGAGUGCAAUCCUUCGCUCUUCUCGGAGCCUCUAUCGUGCUAGCUUUGGGUUGUCUGAAGGCUGCGAACAAGAUGCACAACAACCUUCUGGAGAGUACGAUGCGCAUGCCUAUGUCUUUCUUCGAUACUACGCCGCAGGGACGAAUCAUGAACCGCUUUUCCAAAGACGUGGACAUUGCUGACAACACUCUACCGCAAUCCAUUCGUAUGUGGCUGUUGAUGUUCUUCAACGUCAUUGGAGUAUUCAUAGUCAUCGGAAUCUCCACUCCGAUUUUCCUAGCAGUAGUACCCGUAUUUCUCCUCAUCUACUAUGCCAUCCAGAAGUUCUACAUCGCAACAUCCCGGCAGCUGAAGCGAUUGGAAUCAGUUACGCGAAGUCCUAUCUAUUCACACUUCGGAGAAAGUAUAACCGGGCAAUCGACCAUCCGAGCAUAUGGUGAACAGGACCGCUUCAAGGAAGAAUCAGAGAAACGCGUAGACUACAAUCAGUUGAUGUCGUAUCCAAGUAUCAUCGCGAACAGAUGGUUGGCCAUCCGUUUGGAAAUCGUCGGUGCCUUGGUGGUCUUCUUCGCCGCACUGUUUGCCAUGGUGUCCCGUGAUUCGAUCGGAGCCGCUAUGGUUGGGCUGUCGAUCACCUAUGCGCUGCAGAUCUCGGCCGUACUGAGUUUCCUGGUGCGAAUGACGGCGGAAGUGGAGACGAACAUUGUGGCGGUGGAACGUCUGGAAGAAUACACAGUGCUGCCGCGGGAAGCCGAGUGGCAGAAGGGCACGAUCGACAAAGCAUGGCCUCAGGAAGGAAACGUACAGUUCAAUGACUACAAGAUUCGCUAUCGGGAAGGUUUGGAUCUUGUGAUCAAGGGUAUAUCGCUGAAUGUAAAGGGAGGCGAGAAGAUCGGCAUCGUUGGACGAACGGGAGCUGGAAAAUCCAGUUUGACGAUUGGACUGUUCCGUAUCGUGGAAGCAGCCGGCGGAACGAUCAUGAUCGAUGGGCAAGAUGUGUCGAAACUGGGUCUGCAUCAGUUGAGAAGCCGACUCACGAUCAUUCCACAGGAUCCGGUUUUGUUCUCCGGUACGUUGCGUAUGAACGUCGAUCCGUUCAAGAGCUAUUCGGACGAUCAGGUGUGGAAGGCUUUGGAGUUGUCUCACCUGAAGGCAUUUGUGAAGGGACUUUCCGCUGGACUGGAUCAUGAAAUUGCGGAGAACGGAGAGAACUUGUCGGUUGGUCAACGGCAGUUGAUCUGCUUGGCGAGAGCCAUCCUGAGGAAGACGAAAGUGUUGGUAUUGGACGAAGCGACCGCUGCGGUUGAUUUGGAGACGGAUGACUUAAUUCAGAAAACCAUCCGUACGGAGUUCUCCGACUGUACAAUUCUGACGAUCGCUCAUCGUCUCAAUACCAUCUUGGAUUCGACUCGUGUUCUCGUGCUGGAUAAGGGACUGGUAGCGGAAUGUGACACGCCGCAGAAUCUACUCGCUGACAAGACGUCCAUUUUCUACGGAAUGGCCAAGAACGCUGGCAUCGUCUAGGAUCGAAGGAAUCUCAACCGCUACCAAUUCUACUAAUGGUGUGAUUAUUGAUGCAUAAACAUGGUUGAACACAUUUCAUUACAAUUGAUUUAUUUCAGGUCCGUGUCUUCACUUAGAAAUACUCUUUCAACUAUAUUUAUAGUUAGAAUAGGAAGUAGAUUAAACAACGACAUUGUAUUUGUACUAAUAAAACGUAAAACUAUUCAAUAA